AUUGGAAGCUUGGAAAACUACUACCACUUUCACCACAGCAAGACGUUUAAGCGCUCGACACUGAGCAGUCGGGGACCGCACAACUUCCUCCGCAUGGACCCCAAGGUGGACUGGCUGCAGCAGCAGGAGGUGAAGCGGCGGGUGAAGAGGCAGGUCCGGGGAGAGCCACAUGCCCUGCCCUUCAACGACCCAGUGUGGCCCAACAUGUGGUACCUGCACUGUGGUGAUAAAAACAGUCGGUGCAGGUCGGAGAUGAACAUCCUGGCAGCCUGGCAGAGGGGCUACACUGGCAAGAAUGUGGUGGUUACCAUCCUUGAUGACGGCAUAGAGAGGAACCACCCUGACCUCCUGCAGAAUUAUGACCCUCUUGCAAGCUAUGAUGUCAACGGGAAUGACCAUGACCCGACUCCACGCUACGAUGCCAGCAAUGAGAAUAAGCAUGGCACUCGCUGCGCAGGGGAAGUGGCGGCGGCAGCAAACAACUCGUACUGCAUCGUGGGCAUCGCCUACAACGCCCGCAUUGGAGGCAUUCGUAUGUUAGAUGGAGAUGUAACAGAUGUUGUUGAAGCGAAGUCGCUUGGCAUCAGACCCGAUUACAUUGACAUUUACAGCGCGAGCUGGGGGCCAGAUGAUGAUGGGAAGACAGUUGAUGGACCUGGUCUAUUGGCCAAACAGGCUUUUGAGCAAGGCAUUAAAAAG